UUUGAUAGGAUAUGAAAACCUCUAUCGCCAAUUGCAGACAGAAACGGACGGAAAAUGAGUAUGAAUUGUGACUUAUUACUCUGUUGCAUUGCAACGCUGUGUUUUUAUAGCGCCAAUGCAAUAUGUGAUAUGACUGAAGAUAAAAUCCAAGUGAGCGAAUUUGAUGUCAUGCCGGGUGGAGAGAAAAUAAGCUACAAAAAAGAUUGGGAAGACAUGAAGUUUUCCUGUAACUUUACAUAUCAAGCUCAAGGGGGCACAAAGGAGUCGUGGCUGAUGGGACUAAGUGUCAACGCUGACAACACCAAGUUCUCCUGUUCUGUAGAAAGACCUGGAAGCUCCUCAUAUCUCUUUUUCCAGUCAUUUAGGAUGGAGGUGUAUGGAGCUCGAGCUGUGGAGGCAGAGGUCAAGGGUCCAGAUCAAGCCCUUCUAAAACCAGAAGAGUAUAUAAUGGAUGAGUCUUCUAGCUCAGUCUCCCAUGUGGAAGGGAAGUUCCACAGCAUGCUCGGACGUGUUGAGUUGUGUGCGGUCAAGCCCAAGCAGGAACUGUGAAGAAUUUGUCGGAUUAUUGCAAACACCACUCUCUUCUUUUUCUGACUGAAGUUACUUCUAGUGAAGUAUGACACCAUCAAGGAAGCUUUGUAGCAAGGUGCCCAGAGGCCAUACUGUCGUAACUUUAACAUAGAUCUAUGAUAGUCGUAGCACUAGGACCCACCUAUGGUAAAGAUGAUGUGGGUUAAAUUGUUCCAUGAAACUGCAGAUUUAAAAAAUCGGUAGGGCUUUAAGGAUGCAUGGUUUUAGUAUUACAAAUUAUGUGAUUCAUUUCACUUCCCAGUUAUCUGAUAUCAAGUUGAAUUUUACUAUACAGUUGACUCCUGUUAAAUUUUAGCCAAUUGAAAACUUGAUUAGCCCCAACCACUUCACCAGGUGACAGGGAGCAUGGACAGCCCAGUUCUGUAAAGUGCAGCCAGCCUACCCCUUUGCUGCCAGGAUGUGCUGAUUGUGGGUUUGAAUUCCAAAUUCUUAGUCUGCCAGCACCCUACCAACACCAUACCGUACUAUGUUAUCCAUCUUUGAUCUCAAACUUCAGGUUCAUUAACCAUGUUUGGGGGAUUUGGAGUGUGUAACUUUGAUUCAGGAAAUAGUGCUGAGUGCGGCGUUAAACAACAAACAAACGAAAGUUUGAUACAGGUGGUCAUGUAACUUGUUUUUAUUUUCACAUGUUGGAACUUAAAACAGAAUUAUCUGUGUUUUAGUACUCGUAUCCAAGUCAUCAUUUGGUCAUGGUCUUGAGUAUGAAUAGACAGUGAACCUGUUCUUAUCAUUGUAUGAGCACUUGCUAUGGGCUGUCCUUGAUAUGUCAUCAACUUCCGGAGGUUUUCUGUGGUCAGUUGUUGGUUGUUUUUGUUGAACUCCAUUUUAAAUGUGAUAUUUUGACCAGAAUUAGUGUUGAUGGGUUCUAGACAAGGCUUGUAGUUGCAUACAUUUUAGUUUAUGGAUUUCUUUUGCAAGAACUUGCUGGUUGCAUGAUAUUAACAAUAUGCCCUCCUUUUAAUUUUUUUUAUUUCUAAACUUCACUUAUGUCCAAUAAUUGAAAUCAUUUGUUUGUGAUAAACCUUUUUGUCUAAUUUGAAAAUAUGAUGUAUUUGUGGCAAAAAGCACAAUGGUUAAUAUUUCUGUAUGUUUUAGGUUCAUGUAAAGUAUUCUCAUACUUUUUGUGUGUUUAUGAGUAAUUUUUAUGUAAGUGUAUACACCCAUGUGCAUGUAUAAUCCGACAGGGCACCUGCACACUGCUCUACUGUAAAAUGUAUGAUGCUGCUCGCAAGCAGUUUAAAUUGUUGUUUCUAUUUUGACAUGUAGAUGUGUGUUGCACUGCAAACACAAUAACAUAUGUUCACUUACUUAAAGGAACCCUCAGUGUGAUGACGACACUCUUAGAGUAGGAUCCCUCCACUAAUGGGAGGAAGUUUGUUUCUGCGUUUUAACAAAGAAAAUAUGACAGUUUGUCGUGUGUAGCACACUGCUUCAGCUUUCAGCAGGUAGCUUGUAAUUCAAUUACAGUUCUAGUUGAAAUAUUACUGAUAAGCCAGGGUUAGACACAGCCAGUUGUCUGUUAGUCCGAACUAGGGAAAAUCAAGAGGGCUAGUAGUUUUCUAUCAAAAUCUAAAACUACAAUUCCAAGACAGUCUGUAUGUGACAGUGGUGUCUACCCCCAUGUGCCAUGUUAAGGUUAGGCUUACAAAACUAAAAGAAUUGGUUCUCAGGCAAUGGCUUUUGAAAAUAUAGUGCGGUCCGGUGUUUUUUUGGGGGGGUGUUAAAGCUAGUAUGUCACCAAAUUUUGUUUACAAUAAUAUUGGCGAAAUCAUGUUGUUCUUAAGUAUUGUAGCAUUUCACUGCCGGGGUCGUGUGUUCAAGAUGCGAGUAUUUAAAGUUUGUUUGUUUUUUAAAAUGGAAAUUAAAACGAAACGUGAGGCAGACUUUAUGAUGAUGCAGGUGGUGCCUGAGAACCAAGACAAUUAUUUUAGGUAUUUAGCUAUAGAAGUCAGUCUGUAAAUAUUUGAAUGAAUUUGAAUCAUGUUUGGAUGUAACUUUUGUUUUGUUAAUAGAGUACAGCAGUCAAGUGUUUGUGUUAUCACUUCACAUUUUUCAUGAGAUUUAGUACAAACACAUUGAUCUUGAACAUUGAACAUUUCAAAGCAUGAAAGAGGGACUACACUCCAUGGACAGGUGUCAGUCUAGGUGUAGACAUGGUAGCUUUUGGCCUGUGUGACACUUGAGACAUUGUCUCCAUGUAAUUACAGGAAUCAUUAACUACUGCGUUCAUUAACAAGUCAUGUUUGUUGGACUUGUGUCUAUGCCUACUCCCCAUUUAACAUGUUUAUGCCUGUUAAAAUUAUCUGAAGAUUAAAUGAUUUCAGAAAUAUUGCAUUUGUGAACAAGUGAUGAUGUAUGUGGUGGCAGUAGGUACAUCUACCCCAUGUGCCUUAAAUUGGUGUAGGAUGAAUGUUGUAUUGUCUUCAUAAAGGUGAAUGAUUGUAUUUAUCAAUAGCUUACAGUCUUCACUUUUGUGGCAGUACCCUUCAAGGUAAAUGCUUUGAAUGCUGUGAUCUCCUGUAGAUAAUGAGAUGGACAUACAUGGGUGCUGUGACAUGUGGAUAUAGUUACUUAAUUAUUGUAUGCUUGUAGUGAGUGAA